UCCGGCUGCAGGUUCCCCUCACCGCCUCAGUCUGUCAGGGAUGCACUGCCGGCUAGUGCCAACCUGUGCCGAGCGUUCGCCCAGUCUUCCGUCAUCUUAGAGUCAUUAUGCAGUGGGACAAGGUGGCGCUGAAGGGGCGGGUGAAGUGAGGGGAAAGGAAGGCGGCUUAAAGAACGGGGGUGGUCGUGGACACAGCAUAUUUCCAUUUACCUCACGACACAAUGAAGAAGUUUUUUGAUGCUCGGAGGGAGGGCGCGGCCGCAGUGGCGGCGGGAGGAGCAGGGAGUCAGUCCGGAAGCGCCGGCGGGUGGUCGUCCUUCCAGGGGAAGGUGUACACGGUGGGCCGCUACCAGGUCACGGUGGAAGAGCUGAUAGCGGAAGGUGGAUUUGCUGUUGUAUUUUUAUCGAAGAUGUCCAGUGGCGUAAGAUGUGCUCUGAAACGAAUGUAUGUAAACAGUGAACAUGACCUUCAAGUUUGUAAGCAAGAAAUAGCCAUUAUGAAAGAUCUUUGUGGGCAUAAAAAUAUUGUUAACUACCUUGACUCCAGUAUUACUUCGAUGAAUGUUAGUGAUGUAUGGGAGGUCCUUAUUCUAAUGGAAUACUGCAGAGGUGGUCAGGUUGUUAAUUUGAUGAACCAACGGUUGCAUUCUGGCUUCAGUGAAGCGGAAGUGCUGCAAAUAUUCUGUGACACUUGUGAAGCGGUGGCCAGGCUACAUCAAUGCAAACCUGCAAUCAUUCAUAGAGAUCUUAAGGUUGAAAACCUUUUACUUCACAAUAGUGGAAACUAUGUCCUCUGUGAUUUUGGAAGUGCUACAAACAAAUUUAUAUGUCCUCAGAUUGAAAGGGUUGAUGUAGUUGAGGAGGAAAUAAAAAAAUACACAACACUGUCAUACAGAGCACCAGAAAUGGUUAACCUUUACAGUGGAAAGUCUAUUACAACUAAAGCUGACGUAUGGGCACUUGGAUGUUUACUUUACAAACUUUGCUUCUUCACUUUACCAUUUGGAGAAAGCCAAGUAGCCAUCUGUGAUGGAAGUUUUACAAUUCCAGAUAAUUCUAGGUACUCUGAUGAAAUACACAGUUUAAUACGAUACAUGCUUGAGGCUGACCCUGACAAAAGACCUGAUAUUUAUCAGGUUUCUUUCUUUGCAUUUAAGCUGGCAAAGAAAGUGUGUCCUGUUAAGAAUGUCAAUAAUGUUCAGAUUCCUGUGAAAAUGCCAGUGCCAGUAAAAGCUAGUGAAGUUGCUGUUAAAAAGUCUCAAACACGAACAAGACUUACAGAUCCAGUACCAACUACAGAGACUUCGAUAGCACCUCGCCAGAGGCCUAAAGCAGGUCAGCCAACUUCUGCUUCAAGUGUUCUGACAAUUCAACCUGCUGUGACUCCAAGGAGGAGAUCUACCACACAGUUAGUUUCACAGACAACAACCUCACAGUUGGUCUCACAGCCAGUAACCACACAAUUGGUUUCACACCCAGCAGGAACCACAGCUGCAAGUAAUGGGCGCGUUGGUCAGUUACAUGGUCAGCAAGCACAAAUCCCAUCAGCAUAUCCUCAGCAUCUACAACUGAAACCACAGGCAUAUCCGUUACUUCAACAGCAAUGUUUGCUGCACCAACAAGCCUAUUUACAGCAGCAGCAAAUGCUUCGGACAGCACAGCGUUACCAAAUAAUCCAGCAAGCUCAGCAGCAGAUGAUGCAGAAUUACUACCUACAACAACAGUAUGCAACAGUCAUGCAACAGCAAGCAGCUUUGCGGCAGAUGAUGGCACAAGGAUGCAUUCAGCAGCAGAUGAUACUGCAACAACACCCACAAACUCUUACGCAUAUGCAGGAAAAGACUGAAAUUCCCCAAGCUCCACUUCCAUCCCAGCAGACAGCCAAACUGUUGUCACUGACGCCGCCAUCUUCACCGAAAGUACGAGCUGGCCAUAGGAGAAUUGUCAGUGAUGUUCCUUUCAGCAGUGUUUUUGGAGUGCCUGCCAGUCAUUCCUCUCAACAACUGGCAGCAGCUGCUGCUGAGGCAAAUCUUUAUAAAUCUAAGUCAGCCUCAACAAGUCCUGCAGUUUCCCCCAAAACAUCACAGCAAAAUAUUUAUAAUCCACCAGAUAUUUCCACAUGGAAUCCAUUUGGAGAUGACAAUUUUUCCAAGUUAACAGCAGAGGAACUUCUCGAUAAGGAGUUUGCUGAGCUACGAAAAGAUAAAUGUGCGGAACAGAAGAAAGUACCAAUUGAAAAUGUAGCUCAAGGGUUUCCUUCUGGCAUGACUCUACCCCAGACAGACAUUUUUGGAGCAUCACCUUUCACAUCAGGGACAGAAGCUAAAAUAUCAAUGGAAACAUUAGAAUCUAGUUCAUCGGCAACUAUUUCUGAUCCUUUAAUACAUGGGCCACUAUCUGACUUCCCAGUUGACCUCCUGAUUUGUUUGGGAAAUGAUAACUCUGGGCGUAAUUCAGUUUCAAAUCCCAGAAUUCUUCCUGCUUCAGCUGACAGCACUGACCCUUUUACCCCCGCUAUGUCUUCUAAUCUGACUGGUGGUCAUUCAAAGAACCGCAGUGGGAAUUCAGAGAACGGUCUUCCUGGUUUAGCUAGAUCUUUACUGCUUGUGGAUCAACUUAUAGACCUUUAAUGACACUUCUAACAAAUCACGUAUGUUAAAAUUAUCUGAACCCUGCAGUAGAAAUCUCAAUCCAAAGAAAGCAUGGUAAAAUCAGUAGCAUACCUCAGUUGAAUGCAGCAGCACCAAGACAUGAUUGUAACAAGAUGCAAUGGAGAUGCUACUAAAAAUAAAAGACUGUUCUAUCAGGCUUUUCCUUACCUUCUAUUUGCCUGUGCACCAUUAAUAUGCAUUAACAAGAAAAACUGCUUGGACUUCCCUCGCAUUUUCAAAACCUGCUGAAAUCCUCAUGUUGAAAUGUUACCCUGCAGGACCUUGGCUCGAUAUACCUCAGCAUUUUUGACCUUUUGUAUGGUAUAACUGCACUGCUGCAAUGCCCUGUACUUUUGCAAGUGAUCAGCUGAUCUAGAAAUGAGCUUUAGCUUCUAGAAUGUUUAUUUUUACAUUUGGUUUUGUAGCUUUGUAACAAUUUAACAGUGCCUGGAUUCUAGUACUAAGUUUUCGUGGCAUUGAGUUCAGAUUGUUUUAUCUUCUGUGACAACUACAUAUCUAAUGUGGAAACGUGCUGCUCAUUUUGCAAUGUAAUGCUUUGCCUUAGUUUAUGAUGAGUUAUUUGACCAAUUUUGUUUUGGAUCUUUUUCUGUUGAGGUACUUCAUUUUCAUUUUCCCUUUGAAAAUCAUACAAGUUGAAUGUGGAUAGCAAUAGUAGUACAUAAUCUAUUUGGCCAGUUUACUUUAAUUAUUUUUUGUGUUAACGUGAAAGGCCUGUUUUCAGUGGUGUUCAGACACAAGGGUGAAAUGUCAUCCAAUAUCAUAGGGCUAGGCAGCAGAGUAUAAAACCUCAGUGUUGUGCACUAGUAAUCUGUAAUAUGAUUUAAAUUUGGCCUUUUAUUUGAACUAUAUCAUUGUUUUCUAUGCUGUAUUUAACUAGUCAGUUAAAUUUUUGAAAUGUAUCACAUUUUAACAUGCUCACAUUAUCUAAUUCGGUCUUGUAUUCUCUUUGUAAUCACUUUAAUGAAGGGCUUAGGAUUUUUUUUAAUCUUGGGUGCUUCUAAACCCUGAAUUUAUUGCACAACUGUUUAAAGAAGGAAAUUGCUUUCCCUCUAGUUUGGUGUGGAAUCUGGCUUCUAAUUUAGUCCAGUAGGUUUAGAAGAGGUCACAUUUUUCAAUAAAGUUUGUUUUUAAAUUUAAGAAAGAAUCAAUUACAAUUACCUUCUCAUAGUCAUUAACCAAUGCAGUUGUAAGCAAGUAUCAAAAUAGAAAAUUAAUUAUCUAAAUGACAGGUUUUGUGUAUCUAAAUCAGGUGGUGAGUUGUUACCCUUAAGCAUUUUCAGCAGGAUUAAGAUAAUGAUGGAAUAGUUACUUUCCAGAUGUCUCUAAUGCCUAAUAUAAGGACUGUUAUUAUGUGUCUCCAUGUACAAUGUUGACAGUUUAAUAGAUUGCUUUGUUUUGAAAGGGAUUUCAAAAUAUUAACUUAUGCACUAUAUUUUUCAUCAUGUGUUGAAAUUUAGGGAAGUAACCUGCUUCCCUGUGUAUCUCACAGCCAUUACUGGAAUAGUUGCAUUGUUUCUACUAAUUUUGAAUGCCCUACCUUUUAGUGUUGAAUGACUGCAACCAAUAAUUAUAACAUGAUUAUUUAAAACAAUAUAAAUAAAUUUUAAAACAUUUUCAUGUUUACACUAAAUUGUUUUAUCCUUUUAUGUUCAAAAUACCUUCAUUACAGAAUAUUUAUUUGUAACAAAUGUGAUUGCAAAGUAUGCACUGUCAGUGAUUUUGUUUUGAGUACAGUGACUAAUUGAAG